UGGGCCCCUCUGCCUCCCGUGGUCCGCGGCCGGGGCUGCGCCCCUCGGAGCCGGGGCGGAGCGGACGGGGGAAGUCGAGGCGGGGCAGCUGGCACCGGGCGCGGGGGACCGGCCCCGGCACAUGGCAGCGUGAGAAUGGAGAGCGGGGACAUGGACGGCUAUCUGCGCCGCCUCAAACAGGAGCUGGUAUCCAUGAAGGAGAUGGGGGAUGGGCUGCAGGCCCAGAUGACCUCUCUGAUGGGCGCACUGCAAGAGCUGAAACUUCUCCAAGUCCAGACCGCCCUGGAGCAGCUGGAGAUCUCUGGGGCCCGAGGCCAAUCUGCCAACCUCCCAGCAUCCCAGAGCCCCCCACCAACACUCCCCACCUGCCCUGAACCUCGCCAGGUCUUGGGGAAUGGAGGCGGCCUCCAGGCCCAACCCCCAGUUCAUUCUUUCCUCAGUGGCCGGCAUGCUCCCCCAUCUUGCAGAAGUAAUCCCAGAGGGGCCCCGGACCCACCCUUGGCCCUCGGCAGCUCCCCUCCCUGCAAGGCCCUGGACCUGGUCUGCAGGAUGGGAGGGAAGAGCCAAGGUGGCAUCCAGCCAGGACCAGAGCAGGCAGAACCAGAUGACUGGACGUCCACUCUCAUGUCCUGUGGGCGCAACCGGCAGCCACUGGUCCUGGGGGACAACGUCUUUGCAGACCUGGUGGGCAACUGGCUGGACUUGCCUGAGCUGGACAAGAAGUGCGAGGCUGGGGGGACCAAGGGAGCCGGGGCCGGAGGCCGGUCCCAAGAGCUGGGCCGCCGUUUCGCCCUGACCACCAACAUCUUCAAGAAGUUCCUGCGGAGCGUCCGGCCUGAUCGGGAUCGGCUCCUCAAAGAGAAGCCGGGCUGGGUGACCUCAGCAACAGCCGUGGAUCCCCAGCUGGGCCGGGCCCAGAGAGCCAAGAAGCGAAGCCAAAGCAAGGGGACUUUCUAUCUUGCCUUCCCUGGAAGCAGAAAGGCUGAGCGGGGACCUGGACCAGGGGAGAAGCCCUCUUCAAGCAGCCCCAAGGCUCUAGAGCCCAGCACCUCCAAUUUCGAUGUCAGCACUGCUGUGUGGGUCUGAGCCUCUCUGGCCUCGGUGGUGGGAUGUGAAGCAGAGCCCAGCUGGGAGUGGGGUGCCUAACAGAGAUGGGGGCUGGAGUAGUGGCAUUCUCAGCCCAAAGCACUAGGAGGGGAGAGGAGAAGGGGGGGAUCACACCCGCAAGGGCUUCCAUGCAGAAGGGUCUUCCACCCCAUCCCCACCCUCACCCCAAGUUUCUGCCACUGAGAUUGAUCAGUGGCUAUGACAACAGCGUUUGUGCAUUUGCGGCUGUGUGUGUGUGUGUGUGUGUGUGUGUG